AUGUCACCAAUCAGCAGCCCCUUGGAAGCCCUCCCUCCAGAGGUCCGGCGCCAUCUCCUCACCAUGAUGAAAUUCAAUGAAUUAGGAUCCCUUGUCCAUGAUUCCCCACUUUAUCAUGAGCAGUAUCUGUUGGACCGUCAAUGGCUGCUCAGUCAAUGCGUCGACAAACUCCUAGGCAGCGUUAACAUCGAGGCCAGCCUGGUUUGUCAAUCUAGUACUGCCGGCUUUGCACAAACUCGAACUCGGGAGUCUAUCACCCCACUUCUUGAAUCAUACAAACAUCGUCAAGAUCUGCCUAGCUUCUCUUUUAUCGAAAAAAGCCUUCCUCUGGAUGAUAUCAUCUGGAUCCUGCUCUUUCACACCUCGAUUGUCAUGCCUCUAGUCAAUCGGUACAGUGCUUGGGCUCUGGAAAACUUUGCCAAAGGAACUGUGGUCAAUGAAGCGAACUCAUCCCCGGUCGGUGUUUCUGACUCUUUGAGUCAAAGUGAAGAGACGCGCAUAAUCCGUGCCCUUUAUCACUUACAGCUGUGGUGCAAUUUAUUCGGCAUCGGACCACAUAAAGGGAUAGAUCAGCCAUUUUAUUCCGGAUACAGCAGCAUCGAUCUUCUUACCAUACAUGCAUCUCACUUUGAGCCUUGGGAAAUUGAAGAAAUGCAUUGUGUCUAUCUGUUCUCCGAGACGAUAUACAGGCAGACCUUUGAUCAAAUUCGCUGGGAUGUGGAUGAAAGAAACCCCAAAUUUGAUGCAAUAAGAAAAGAUGAUGAUCCAGAAGGCUCAUUUGAUCUCGACUCCAAUGAUGGCCUUUUGAAUGGCAUGGUUACGCAGGGCCUCGAGCUGCUUCACACAAUUAUUUCUCGGGUCACGGAUCACUCUGAACUAGUCUUAAUCAUGCAGGCCAAGCUUUGCCUCCACACGGGUUUGCUUACUGGAGAUGACCUUAAGGGGAUGGGGGCUGAGGAAGAACGACGUCGCUGCGCACCUUCGGAUCAAGAUUUGAAGGAGAAGAGACGAGAUCCACUUCCAUUCCUGGGUGACCGAGUAGAUGGUGUGUAUUCUCCAUUUGCAUGGACAUCAUAUGGGGAGGAACCUACAGCAAUAUAA